GGGCGGCUUAGUUCUGCGGUGCCAGGGAGCAGAGCAGAGCCGGCCCUGCCCUACACACAGAUGGGACCAUGAACUCCAGACAGAGUUUCAGCCAGACCCCCUCCGGCUCCCUCCUUGGCACAGGAGGCAGCUGGCGCCGGCCAGGGAGCUUCCCCCGGGCUCCUAGUGUCCAUGGGGGUGAAGGGGGUGUCCACAUCUCCCUUUCUGUCACCUCACCAAGCUGCCUGUCCCCUGGAGGGUCUUGGGGGUCUGGAAGAGGCAGUUCCCUCCUAGGUGGAAAUGGGAAGGUGACCAUGCAGAACCUCAAUGACCGCCUGGCCUCCUACCUGGAGAAGGUGCGCACCCUGGAGGAGGCUAACACGAAGCUCGAAAGUCGCAUUCUAAAAUGGCAUCAGCAGAGAGAUCUCAGCAGCAAGAGAGAUUACUCCCAAUACGAGGAAAACAUCAAAAGCCUGCAGGAGCAGGUAAUGAAUGGUAAGCUGAGCAAUGCCCAGAUCAUUCUUCUCAUUGACAAUGCCAGGAUGGCGGUGGACGACUUCAACCUCAAGUAUGAAAAUGAGCACUCCUUCAAGAGAGACUUGGAAAUUGAGGUUGAGGGUCUCCGAAAGACCUUGGAUGAUCUGACCAUUAUCACAACAGACCUGGAACAGGAUGUCGAGGGGAUGAGGAAAGAGCUCAUCCUCAUGAAAAAGCGCCAUGAGAAGGAAAUGGAGGAACAUCAUGUGCCAAACGACUUCAAGGUCAACGUGAAGGUGGAUACGUCCCCGGGGGAAGAUCUGAUUAAGGCCCUGGAGGACAUGAGGCAGGAAUACGAGUUUAUGAUAAAGAAGAAGCACCAAGACUUGGAUGCUUGGUAUAAAGAGAAGUCAAUGGCCACGGCCCAGGAGGGGGCCAGUCCCACAGCUGUUCAGAGCAGCCAAAGUAACAUCCAUGAGUUGAAGCGCACUUUCCAGGCCCUGGAGAUUGACCUACAGACACAGUACAACAGGAAAUCUGCUUUAGAAAACAUGCUAUCAGAGACGCAGUCCCGGAACUCCUGCCGGCUCCAGGACAUGCAACAGACCAUCUCCCACUACGAGGAGGAACUGCGACAGCUCCGCCAUGACCUGGAGCGUCAGAACAGCGAAUACAAGGUCCUGCUGGGCAUCAAAAUCCACCUAGAGAAGGAAAUCGCCACCUACCGCCAGCUCCUGGAGGGAGAGAGCCAGGGGACAAUGGAAGAAUCUAAGCUGAGCGUGAAAGCGUCUGCAGCUCCAAAGCUCAAGGCCAUCACACAGGAGAGCAUCAAUGGAAGAAUAAUUUAUUCUCAAGUGAAUGAGAUCCAAAAGUGUGCAUGAUACCAAUAAAAGUUUCUGCCUGUUGUAAAAAUUA